AUGCCGGUUCCACUCGCUGUGACGCUGCCGGCGGCGGCAGCCUCGCUCGCCUAUCUGAAUGCUAAAUUCCUGGUUGCAAAGGAUGUAUGGUCAAUAUCGACCAUGCUUGGUCAUCAGGCAGCGUUGGCCAAAUUGGAAAAGCAGGAUAGAAUCAACAAUUUCUACAACUUCGAGGAGCUGGCCAGGAAUCCCAAGAGCGCCAAAAGGCUAUUCGUUGUCGUACCCAAGGAUGCUUCUCAACCAUAUGCAAAGACAGAGUGGACAUACGCGGAAGGGUACAAGACCGUGCUCAAAUAUGCCAGAUGGUUGCAGGACACACAUCGGAUACAAAAGAACGAGGUGGUGGCUAUGGACUUCAAAAACAAACCUCAAUUCAUCUGGAUCUGGUUUGCGUUGUGGUCAUUGGGCGCAGUCCCAGCCUUCAUCAAUAGCAACCUGCGAGACGUGGCAUUCAUCCAUUGCGUUAAAACAGCAUCGGCACGACUAUUGAUCAUCGAUUCAGACCUUCAAGAAAUCUUGACCGAGGACGCACGCAAGGAAUUGGCAGGCGAUGAGCGAGGACAUGCAACUGAAGUGGACAUUCUCGACUCCUAUACCGAGUCUCGCAUUGCAUCGUUAGAGCCAUACCGGGCAUCUGAUGAGGCCAGAUCUGGGGCUCUCUUGAGCUCUCCCGCUAUGCUCAUCUACACAUCUGGAACAACAGGUCUGCCCAAAGCAGCAAACGUCUCAUGGGGCAAGGCUGCCUCUGGUCGGUUCUUUGCCAAAGUGAACGGUCUCAAGGCCGAAGAUCGAUUCUACACAGCUAUGCCUCUUUACCACUCCUCGGCCUCUUUGCUUGGCGCCUGUCAAGUGCUUGGACCUGGCUGCGCACUUGUGAUCUCGCCCAAAUUCUCCGCCAGGACUCAGAUGAAGGAAUUGACCGAGACGAAAGCGACUGUCAUGCAGUAUGUGGGCGAAAUGUGUCGAUACUUGGUCAACACGCCACCAACACCUUAUGACCGGGCCCAUUCUCUCAGAGUAGCUUUUGGUAACGGUAUGCGUCCAGAUGUGUGGCCUAGAUUUAAGGAGCGCUUCAACAUUCCGACAGUCAGUGAAUUCUACGGCGCGACAGAAGGCCCAGGUGCUUCGUGUAUUGUGAGCAACAAUUCUUUCAGUCAGGGUGCGAUUGGUGGUGGAGGUUCGUUGAUGACCGCCCUCUUCGGUGGGAACCAAGUUCUGCUCAAGUACGAUGUGGAAUCCGACAAACCUUGGCGCGACCCGCAGACCGGUUUCUGCAAAGUUGUCGAGAGAGGCGAAGUCGGCGAAUUAACAUAUCCUUUGGAUCCCGAGAACAUCAAGGAGAGAUUUCAGGGCUACUACGGCAACGACAAAGCCUCGUCGUCUAAAAUUCUUCGAAAUGUGCUCAAAGAAGGUGACGUCUUCUACCGGACCGGUGACUUGCAGCGUCGUGAUCAGGAUGGUCAUUGGCUGUUUGUUGAUCGUAUUGGAGAUACUUUCCGCUGGAAAGGCGAGAACGUGAGCACAGCUGAAGUAGCCGAGGCUCUUGGUGUACACCCAGCUCUCCACGAAGCCAACGUCUAUGGCGUCCAGCUUCCAAAUCAUGAUGGUCGAGCUGGCUGUGCUGCCAUUUCUCUCGGUAAUGGCAAGACUCUAGAUGAACAAACAGCCGCGAGUCUUGCUACUCACGUACAGAAGAAAUUGCCAAAAUACGCCGUGCCCCUCUUCCUACGAGUGCUGAAGGAGAUGGAGAUCACAGGCACGAUGAAGCACCAAAAAGCGAACUUAAGAAAUGAUGGCGUCGAUCCGUCAAAAACUGAUGGUGAUGAGGUUUUCUGGCUGCCUCCCGGCCAGAGCAGAUAUGUCCGAUUCGGCAAGAACGACUGGGAAAAGCUUGUUGGAGGAGGUGCAAGGCUAUAA